GAGCCGCUGUGUUUCCGGUACAGAUGCGGGCUGAGGCAUCCAGAUGCGUUGUUUACGUUGUGUGAUGGCUCCAGUGUUUCCUGCAGAUGUCCAACAGCUGUUGGUGAUAAAAGAAGAGGUUCCCUAUGAUUGCAGCCCCAAUCUGGACCAUCACGACUCAGAGCUUCUCCAUAUAAAGGAGGAACAGGAGGAAUUCUGGAAAAGUGAAGAGGGAGAACAGCUCAGUGGGCCAGUGGAGAGUAUCACUAGGUUUCCAUUUAGUGCUGUUCAUGUGAAGAGGGAAGAUGAUGAUGAGAAACCUCUGUUCUUACCACUUCAUCAAAGCCAAUCUGAAAACAACUCAGAGACAGAGAUCCCAGCUAGUAGCUCAGCUGAACAGAUAAAAGCAGAAAUCAAUGAAAAAGACUGUGGACCAUCACAACCAGUCAGAGACCCACAUGCAAAUAAUCAUUUACAAUCAAAUACUGAUGGAGAGGCCUCAGAGUCUUCUGAGACUGAAGUCAGUGAGGAUGAUGAUGAUGAUUGGCAGGAACCUUUGUCAGAUUGUGGACCUGAAACUGACGACAGCGACAGAGUACCUGAGUCAGCUGUAAAUAAUGAUGUGGGAUGUAACAUUGCAAAAAAGUCUUUAAGCUGCUCUGAGUGCAGUAAACGGUUUCUCUGCAAAUUGUCUCUUCAGAAACACGUGACAUGUCAUUCAAAAAAAAGGUCUUCCAGCUGUUUGGUUAAUGAGAAAAGUUGUAGAGUGGAACAAAACUGUGAUUCUCAGGUGACAGUCCAUGCAGGAGAGAAAUCAAUUAGCUGUGAAGAUUGUGGUAAAAGAUUUAACCAAAUGAAAGAUCUUAGAAUACAUAUGAGAGUCCACACAGGAGAAAGACCAUUUGGUUGUGAUGAGUGUGGCAAAAGAUUUCGAUAUCAAGGAAGUCUGUAUGUACACAUGAGACUCCAUGCUGGAGGGAAGCCAUUUUCUUGUGAUAAAUGUGGUAAAAGAUUUAACCUAAAGACAAAUCUUAACAGACACAUACGAGCCCACACUGAAGAGAAACCAUUUAGCUGUCACAUUUGUGGACAAAGAUUUAAUUAUAAAAGAAAUCUUAACAUGCACAUAAGAAUACACACAGGAGAGAAACCCUUUAGUUGUGAUGAUUGUGGACAAAAAUUUAACCAAAACAGAGAUCUUAGGAGACACAUGAGAGUUCACACAGAAGAAAAACCAUAUGUCUGCGGUGAUUGUGGUAAAAAAUUCAGUUAUCAGUGUAAUCUGAAAAGACACAUGGCACUCCACAAAGGAGAGAAGCGUUUUGUUUGUGGUGUUUGUGGUAACACAUUUAACAGAGAGGGGAAUCUAAAGAUACACAUGAGAGUCCACACAGGAGAGAAACCAUUUGGCUGUGAUACCUGUGGUAAAAGAUUUAAUCAAAAGAUACAUCUUGAGACACACAUUAGAGUUCACACGGGAGAGAAACCUUUUGACUGUGAGUUUUGUGGCAAAAGAUUUAGACAUCAGUGUAAUCUAAAGAUACACAUGAAAGGCCACACAGAUUAAGUGAUAGAUAAAAAGCUAAUUUUAGUUGCUCCUUAUUCUCAAGGGGACACCAUAGCAGGUAGCUCUGCUUGUGUGAUUUGGCCAGAGGUGGCAAAAGUACUGACAUUCUGUACUUAAGUAGAAAA